AAUACUGUCCCAAAUAUGUUACUCAUUUAUUUACUGCUUCUAUAGAUCAGUUUAAUACAAUAGCUGAAUAUUUUCCAAUCCCAACAUUAAAAGCAAACGCAACGUUAGCUAGCUCGCCAUACAGAUGUAUGCAGCUAUGCUUCUGCUAUAUGAGACAGCGACUGCCGCCCGGCUCCGUUAACAAAUGCUGGGCCGUAUGCUUUUCUCUCUCGUGUGGAAAAUGCAAUGGCGUAACUAGCUAGGUAAAUCGAGUUGUUUUUCUUCGGUUUACAUUCGUGCGCAAACACCGACCAAAUGGAUGCUUAUUGAUUGCGCACGCUGUGGAUGAUUUGAAUAUGCCUGUCACCAAUACUGUAAUCUUGGGGAACACCGAUCGUAAAUCAAUCCAAACCAAUAUGAUUUACAUAUUCUGAAAGGAGUAACGUUAAGAGCAUUACUAGGCAUUAGUGCUCACCCGAUAGAAUGUUUUGAAAAAUAGCCUGAUGUACUCGGACGCACCAGUUAAAAUAUUGUCUGCCUCCCUAUAAUACAUAUAAAUAACAACCUGGACUCAGUGGAAGACGGAAUAUAGUACAUUUAACGUGUUUUCCUCCAUUUAGUAUGAUAUGUUACGUUUCGUAUGGUAUGUAUUAAUUUGUGGAUGUCCAAGUAUGAUGUUACAAAUUACAAUUUGUAAAAUAUGUUACGAAUUUGUAAAUAGGUAUGAUACGUUAGCUAGGUGGCUAAUUUUAACUAGGCUAGGGGUUAGGUUUUUAUUUUUUUAACAUUUAUUUAGGCUAGGCAAGUCAGUUAAGAACGAAUUCUCAUUUACAAUGAUGGCAUACUGGGGAACAGUGGGUUAACUACCUUGUUAAGGGGAAGAACGUCAGCUUGGGGUUUCAAUCCAGCAACCUUUCAGUUACUGGCCCAACGCUCUAACCACUAGGCUACCUGCCGGGCUAAGGUUAGGUGAAGGGUUAACAAACAUGCUAAGUAGUUGCAAAAUAGCAACCCAGCUAGCAAUGAGGAAUCGUCCCAGAAGCGCCCUCUUCUGGGGGGGCUGGAACUGAUUGCAUUGACCCGGUGUCGGACUCUGUCCAAAAUCAAAAUGAAUGACUGCCCAGAAUCGGACCAAGUACUUUGGGCUAUUUCAGUCUACCAACUUUGCCGGCAUCUUACCAGAAUCGCCCCAAUCCAAGUUGAAAUAAAUGUAUCCAAAAUUACCCUGUUUAGUCAUUUUAAAUAUUACUAUUAUACAUUUUAUACAUACAAAUUAUACCCAUCCACAAAAAAAAAAAAACUUUGUCUCGGUGGAAACACCACACAUCUGGUGUGUGCCUAGCCUGCCACAGGAGUCACUACAGCGCAAUGGGACAAGGACACCCCUCCACUAACUCGGGCCGACGCUGGGACAAUUGUGCGUCCCCUCAUGGGUCUAACGGUCACGGCCGGGAAGGGUCUCGAACCAGCAUCUGUAGAAACGCAGUUUGCACUGCGAUGCAGUGUCUUAGACCACUGCGCCACUCGGGAAGUUCCAUCCACAAAGUUUUUAAUGCUUAUCAAUUGCCUUGCACAAAGUAUCAAAAUACUACACAGGACUCUUAGAGAAUUUAAUUUAAAUCUUAGUUGUAUUUUUUUGAUCACAGAAACAAUGAGGAACAAUAAAUAAAUAAUGAAAUGUUAAUUAUAUAUAGCAGCCUGUGUAAUCAUCUGCCAGGGAGCAGCCCCAAUCGGCCCGAGCCCCAAGUAAUACAUUUGGGCCAGAUAACUCUCACCGAAAUCGGCCCGAGCCCCAAGUAAUGUAUUUGGCCAGAUAACUCACACCGGAAUUGGCCCAAGAUCAUUCCCCGCAUCCUAGUAAUACUGCCGAAGGCGGCCCAGACUCGGCCCCGACUCUCAGCUGUAAUUGGCCCAGAUCCACUGUGCUAGCUGGGUACAAAGUAGUAAGUAAAGUUGUCCGAGAUGAGAUUCGAACACGCCGCCUUUCGGUUGCCAGACGUUUGCGUUUUAUAUGCCCACCCAUUCUCCCAGACCAAUCAUCCUCUUUUAGUUUUUGCCUGAAGUAACCUAUCUUAUGUAACCAUACCAAACCUAACAUAUCAUAGUAAUUUGAGUGUGCCGGAUUUACAUUUUACUAUGAUAUGUCUAAUCUAUGAGACCAGGUUGAAAAUAAGGGCAUGCCUUUUGAUUUUGAUUGUUUGGAUAUGGCUAUCUUGUAGUGUGUUUGUGAUGAUGGAUCAUUAGUCAAGUAAGCAGGAAUGAAGUAGCCCUCUACAGCUGCUAGAUCGAAUCCCCGAGCUGACAAGUCAUCAGAAGAGGACUGAAGACGCAUGGAGACACCCCCACUACGAUACAAAACUGAAUCCCUACACGAGAGCCAGGAUGAGUGAGGCGUGGCAGCAGCAUGCUGUUGCUCCCCCUCCGGUGGUGCACACCAUACCACCGGGGGCGGAGAACGCGUUGGGCUGCGCCGUCUAUGGUAUCGUCCUGCAGCCUGACCCCGCUCUGCAGCAGUCGCAGCACCAGCAUGGCCAGCAGCACAGCCAGCAGCAUGGGCAGCAGCAACACCCUACCCAGGUACAGCAGCCCUCUCUGCAGGUAGGGGGCGAGGGCGGUCACAAAUGUGGAGCAUGCGGCCACGACAUCUCCCACCUGGCCAACCCACAUGAGCACCAGUGUAUGGUGAGCCAGGACCGCUCCUUCCAAUGCACCCAGUGCAUGAAGAUCUUCCACCAGGCCACUGAUCUGCUGGAGCACCAGUGUGUGCAGGUGGAGCAGAAGCCCUUUGUGUGUGGUGUGUGUAAGAUGGGCUUCUCCCUGCUCACCUCGCUGGCACAGCACCACACCUCGCACAACAGCACCAACCCCAUGAAAUGCUCCAUCUGUGAGAAGACCUACCGACCGGGCUCCUCUGGGAACACCACACCCUCCUCCUCUUCCACCAACCAUCAGCAGCCGUCUGCUGAUGGAGCCUCUUCAAGUGGGAGUGUGGCAGUGGGAUCUUCUUCCUCGAUUACAUUUCCAUCGGCCCGUGACAGGCCCUACAAGUGUUCCGUCUGUCAGAAGGGUUUCAGGCACCUGUCAGAGCUGGCCCGCCACGAGCGUGUGCACACUGGAGAGAAGCCCUUCAAGUGUGACACGUGUGACAAGAGCUUCAGCCAGUCCUCUCACCUGGCCCAUCACCAGCGCACCCACAGCUCUGAGCGCCCAUACAAAUGUGCUGUGUGUGACAAGAGCUUCAAGCACCGCUCCCACCUGGUGCGCCACAUGUACGCCCAUUCUGGAGAGCACCUGUUUAAGUGCAACCUGUGUGAACUGCACUUCAAGGAGUCUUCUGAGCUGCUGCAUCAUCCAUGCCACCCACAAGGGGCACGCCCCUUCCGCUGUGCAACCUGUGGAAAGGGCUUCAAGCGUCCAUCAGACCUGCGGCAGCAUGAGCGCACUCACUCUGAGGAGCGUCCCUUCCACUGUGAGGAGUGCCAGAUGAGUUUCAAACAGCAGUAUGCCCUGGUGCGCCACAGGCGCACGCACAAAAACCCAUCUGACCGCCCCUUCAAGUGCAACCUUUGUGACAAAGGCUUCUUGCAGCCAUCCCAUCUGCUGUACCACCAGCACGUCCACGGCAUGGAGAACCUGUUCAAGUGCGCAUCCUGCCAGAAGGAAUUCAGUCAGUCAGGAGAGCUGCUGCGCCACAAAUGCGGUGAGUCGUCCUCUUCAUCUAGGGAGACAGACAAGCCUUACAAAUGUGACGUGUGCGGCAAGGGAUACAAAAAGAGUUCAACACUGCAGCGACAUCAGAACUCGCACUGUCAAGAGAAGCCCCUAAAGUGCUCCCUAUGUGACCGCCGCUUCCUGUCAUCCUCAGAGUUUGUGCAGCACCGCUGCGACCCGUCCCGAGAGAAGCCCCUAAAGUGUCCCGAAUGCGAGAAGCGCUUCAAGUACUCGUCUGACCUGAAUAGGCACAAGCGUGUCCACACCGGGGAGAAGCCCUACAAGUGUGCUAGCUGUGAUAAAGGCUUCAAGCAACGGGAGCACCUGGCCAAGCAUCAGAGUGUGCAUUCCAGAGAUGCCCAGUUCAAGUGUGUUUGGUGUGGAGAGCGCUUUGGAGACCUGGGAGCUUUGCAGGAGCACACAGUCCAGCACACAGCUGAAGGAGGGGGUUACCCUGUGCCACCUUGCAUAUAGUCACGCCCCUCCGCUCUGUACAAGUUCAUAGCAAACGUCCCUGUCUACCAUUAAUUUGCAGCACCCAGCUUAACACACUUGAACUGGGCAUCUCUGGAGUGCACACUCUGGUGCUUUCCAGAGAUACCCAGUUCAAAUGCUUUGGAGACCUGGGAGCCCUGCAGGAGCACACAGUCCAGCACACAUCUAAAGGGAAGGAUUACCCGAUGGUAGGUUACUCUGUGCCACUUCUUAUCCAGUCCAUAGCAAAUGUCCCUGCCUACUCUUAAUUUGCCCCCAGCAUAUACAAUCCAUACCCUCACUUCCCAUCUGAAAACUGAUACCAGUCCACUUCCCCACCAUAAGAAACCAAUACAAUUUAUAAUUGUAAAAAAAAUAGAAGUCACUGCCAAGUGUCACUGCUUUAGGGCUACUGUCUGAAGGACAGAGGAGACACCAACAAGGAUAUUUCUUUCACUUCAAACUCUAGGGUGGAUGUUCUAGCCCAGGUCAUUUACUCUAUCUAUCCUUACCUUCUUGAAUCAACUUCCCUGCAAGUGGGGAACAAAAUAAAUGUAAAUCACCACAUUAGCCUACAUUUCUGUCUAUGAAAAGCUUUGCAUUUGUACAUAAAUUACCUUGUAGAUUAAAAAGAAAAAAGGUGAUGUGGACCAGUUCCCCUUGUGAUGACCUGCUUGACUGGUGUGUUGCAACAUGACCCAGAACUAUUCUCUUGUCAACAGUGGUUGUCACUCUAGAAUGCAUCUACAGAGAUCCUGCAUGCAUUAAUGUUCCAUUCUCUUACCCAGGAUACUCAAGACUUUUAUGAUUGCUAAGUUUCAGCAGCUACUACAGUCUACUGAUGGCCUCUUGCUUUUUUAUUUUGGAAUCAAUGACGCUGUAUCAACUCAGAUAUAAAAUGUUUUGUUUGGUGGGUGGAGGGUUGAAAUUAUUGUGUAUUGGUUACUUUUCCACAACCUAAUCACUGUAGUAGCAGUGUAUGCAUAUCAGGAAAUGGAACCGGUUCAGGGAACAGAAGACCAGAAAUAUCACCAAAAAAAUGAGGAUCAGAACCGGGAACGGAAGUGAUCUAUACUUUUCCGGAACAGAACCGUUAUUUUAAAAGCAUGGGAACCGGGUAAUAAUGUUAUUUUAUGUUCCAGGUAUUUUUUUACAGUCCCACAAUGCGCCUAUGCAAAGCCCUCACUCUGUCACUCAGAAAAUCUUUGCGUGUGUGUGUAGUUUACCUGUCCCUCCCCCUCCGAAGCACUGUAUCCUACUGACGUUACAUGCGGGAUUCAGAAAUUUAGAUUUUUUUUUUUAUUAGAGAAGAAUGGAUUUACUUUAUCAAUGCUGGUUAACUAUAGUAUCCUUAUCAUGUUUCACAUUGGAUUUAUUAACUACAAAAAGAUAAGAUGUGUUUUUAUUUUAAUUCUGAUGCCGCUCUGCACACACAAGUUUGUUAGCUAGCUCUCGUCCAACUUUCAGCCAAGUCUUUUCAAGUUCAAAGACAUUCAAAAUUCCUUCAUAUAAGCCGCUCCUCGUAGGUAUAAUUCUGUGGGCCUAGUUCAGAUAAUGCAUGUCAUCACAAGAUGCCCAGCGCUUCAAGCCUCCUCCACCCUCUCUCGAUCUUUUCCCACCUGGAAAAUUUCAAUCGCAUCUCGCGCUCUACACUUGUUUACACAUGCAGUAGAUGUCAGACAACUAUUGCUUGCCCGUGCCAUAGCAAGCUGCUCCAUCCUCACUGAUUGGGGAAGUAAUUUAAUGUUGAGCUAAAUGUAGAGGUUUAAAAAGGAAUGAUAUAAAUCAUUACUUUCUUGGGUUCAAACCGGUUCAGAACAUUCAUUUUGCUAAUGGAAACAGUGCAACAUAAUGAAAAAAAUAAUGGUUCUGUUCUUCAGAACAAAACAAUUGGAAAAUAAUUUUGGUUCCAACCCCUGACGCAUAUACAAUAAAAUCAUACACCUCUGCUUUAGUAUUUUUUUUAUUUUAUGUACACGAAUCAACUCCAACUAGAAGUGGUUUAUUUUUAAAAUUGUUUUUGUGCUAUUGUGAAAUAUUACAAAAGUUUGUGACUGUAUGUGGACUCAUUGUGGCAACUAUAGUUUGUACCAAAACACCAUUGUACUGCAGCAAAUCCCAAAGGUGUGGAGAUUAACCAGCUGAAGUAUCAAGACAUCUCACUGGUAUAUAGAAAUAUAUAUUUCACACUAAUAUACAGUUCAUAUUCCUACAGAGAUCAGUGAAGAGUAUCUGUGCUGAAAAUGUCUAAAACCUGAUCAAGCUUCCUCUUACGGCGUGUAUGUAGUACAAUAUGUAUGCGAGUAUGUUUAACAGUUCGGUUACAGAAGUUGCAUAACUGUCUUAUUUCUAAAACUGCAUUGGCUGUUUUGUAUGUUACAACUUUUUAUCAUAUGAGGACUUUAAAUGUUUUUCAUCUUUUGAAGUUAUAGUUAUGAUAGUGGUGGUAUGUUGCAAGUUUCCAAGGAGAACAUUCUGUCUCUAAGCCCUACAAGGAUUCUGACCCCUGGUGCUCCUUUGUGUUUAUUCGAUGAAUGAUUGUUGAAUCAUGUCUGUGAAAAUGGAAUCCUGGCUGUGAAGUGAAUUGUAUAAAACAUACAUCUGGUGUAGAAUUUUGUCAGGUCUGUAUAGUUUUCGUUAACCCCAGUUAUGUCAAACUUAUCUGCAGUAUAUUUGUGCAGAUCAUUUUAACUUCUGGAUUUUAUAGCCUUAUUUUUUUAUAGCAUCCUUACCAAAAUGGGCUGCUUAAGCUUGAUUGCAAAAGUUAUGGAUUGAACCUCUUUAUAGUCUGUAAGUGGUAAGACAACUAAUAAGGCAAAAAUCUGUGUCAACUUUGAGGGCAAAUCAAUGUGGCGCAAAGUGUUUUUGUGUGUGGGGGGGUCUUUUUUUCAAAGGAAGUAUUUCAAGGGGAUGUAUUUGGUUGUGGUUUGAGUGCAGUAUUGAAAAACUAUUUUAUGAUAAGGUAAUGCUAACUUUGAGGAAGGCUCUUUUUUAAAAUCAGUUUCAGUAGACUGUUCAACUGGGGUCAGGGUUAUUUAGAAACCCAUUCUACUCCAGAACUGACUGCCUCAAUGUUGUUGCUCUGUUUCUUGUACUGUGCUGUGUUUUUUUUGUUUUCUCCAUCGUCACCUGAGGUGGGCUAACAGUUUGUCAUUUGUCUGUCGUCGUUCGUCUUUCAUCUGGCAUUAAGACAACAUCAAAAAGCAGUUGUGAAUUGAAUUAAAAAGAAAAGUACUGUAUAUGUUUAGUUUAUAUACAUUUUUUUUUUAAAUAUUAUUUUAAAAUCUAUAUGAAUAUUUCCAUUCUUGGGAGGAGGUAACAGGGCCUUUUAGGAUGUAAUGGGGGAGAUGUUUGAUUGAUGGAAGGGUCAUUAGGACUGUGAUUGACAUGACUUUUGAUCUGGUGUAGUGCAUAACGGUUAGCCCCUGCCUAUUGACCCUGCUUUCUCUGUUCUGUGCAUGCCUGCUGUGUUAGUUCCUGUAAUCUGUCCUAGGUAUUAGUGCUUCAGAUGGCACUUAUUCCACAUAGCUUUUUUCAAAUUGUUAUGUGAAGAAAUUAUUGUGACAACGUACAUUAUGUGUACAUUCAUGCUAAAAUAUCUGUAUGUAGCAUUCAAUACACACAGCACUAACAAAUAAACUUUUUAUAAAGGG